GUUUGAUGUUCCCAAUUAUUCUCAACCCGAAGCUAAAGGCGUUCUAGAUUAUUAUUGUGAUGGUUCAUCAAUCUUACAACAAUCUCGUGAUAAACUGUUUCAAAAGACAUUUAUUGCAACAAAUGGGAAUCCACGAAAACUUUAUCUAUCUUGUUGGAAGGGAUUAUAG